AUGGCCGAUCUCUCGAGAGAAGACCUGCCGCCUUCCGAUAGCCCCCACCUCGUCAUCCGGCACCCUACCGAAGAAGAGUGCACGACGAUCUCGAUCAAUACCUCCAUCGAGUGGAAAGACUCGCUUUCACUCGCACAAUACUUGAAAGAAGGUCAAUGGCUCGCCACGGUCCCUUUAGCCCGCGAUGGAGGCAUGACAACAUGGAUCUUGGUUCACCAGGAUAAAGCUCCAGGCGAGCGUCAGAUCCUAUGCUCUUGCGAGAGUUUCUCCAAACGCUCACUCACGAGCGAUAUGAGCGGCGCUAUCAGCGAGAACAUUGUGCAUGGCGUGGCCAGCGUCUUCUCCCCGAGCGAGUACCGCGGCCGAGGGUAUGCGGCGCGCAUGAUGCGAAGCACGCUGUAUUCCGACAUUGGGAAAGAGUUCUAUGCGAAACUAGGCUGGCUCCCAAACUCCACCAAUUCGCACAUCGAGCUGCAACCCUGCGCCAUCGCGUGGCCUUCGCCGGCUACACCAAUUAUCGAGGAAGAGAUAGGAGAUUUUUGCAAGCGGGACGAAGACUUGGCUCGGUCCCGCAUGGCAAUACCCACGCAAGAGGCGAAAACUCGUUUUACGAUCAUCCCAGAUCUCGACCAUAUGCUCUGGCACAUAUCCAAAGAGGUGUUUGCGACGAAACACCUCUUUGACCGGAUACCCAAUGCGAAAGGAGCGAUAGCUGGCCCGCCCGGCAGCCAAGUCUGGGCACUUUGGACGCAUCGAUACUACAGUCAUCCUGACGCAAGCACGUCACGCAACGUGCUAUACAUACUUCGGCUAGUGGUUGAGGUCGAUGAGACUGCGACAAGGCUAUCUUCCGAUGCAGCGAAACUGCCUGAGCCUGCCAUGUACGAGCAGCAGGCAGUAUACCUUCGGGCGGUUUUGCAGGCAGCCCAGGCCGAAGCCAAAGAAUGGAAACUCGAUGUCGUCAAGCUCUGGGAUCCUACACCCUUGGUUCUAGACAUGCUGGCUCAAAGUGGUCUAGAUUUCGAGGUUGUAGAACGGAAGAACGACAGCAUUGCUAGCCUUCUUUGGUACGAUGCAGAUGGUGGUGUCAGUGACGAGAGGCCAGUGUGGCUGAACAACGAGCACUACGCGUGGCAGUAG